ACAGAGUCCUGGGCGCUGCUGGAGCAAUGCGACUCCUCUGGACGGUCGGAUGUUUCAAUCGCCUGGUUGCCCGCCAUUUCUCCUCCGUGGCUCGGCGCGGGGAGCGGCCUGGCGGGGAGGAGCUGAGUCGCUUGCUUCUUGAUGACCUGGCGCCAGCCCAGAGGCUGGAACGUCUGUUUGGCGUGUCCCCGUGCCUCCUGGCCUUGCGGGCCGCCCGCCGGCACGUGGCCCGGCUCCUGCUCCAGGCCGGUAAGGCUGGACUGCAGGGGGAGCGGGCCGAGCUGCUCCGGGUGGCCGAGGCUCGGGGCAUCCCUGUCUUGAGGCCCAGGCGGCAGAAACUGGAUGCCUUGUGUGGCUACCAGGUGCACCAGGGCGUGUGCAUGGAGGUCAGCCGGCUGCGACCUCGGCCUUGCGAUGAGGCGGCAGACACGAGCUCAGGCGACGACCCUCAGCAACUGUGGCUCGUCCUUGAGGGGAUCCAGGAUCCCCGCAAUCUUGGGGCUGUGAUGCGCUCCGCUUACUUCCUCGGAGUAGACAGGGUCAUCACCAGCCGGAGAAACAGCUGUCCGCUUACUCCAGUAGUCAGCAAGGCCAGCGCUGGGGCCAUGGAAGUGAUGGACGUGUUCGCCUCUCCUGACCUGGCGGGUUUUUUGCAGGCCAAGGUCCAGCAGGGGUGGCUCGUGGUGGGCACGGUGGGCUGCCCAGGUCCUGAGAUCUCCCAGUCCUCCAAGGUCCCCGUCACUAGCUGCUUAGAAUUCAUCUGGGACCGGCCCACUCUCCUGGUGCUGGGCAAUGAGGGCUCUGGUCUGUCCCAGGGGGUUUUCGCCACCUGCCAGCUGCUCCUUACCAUUCUGCCUGGACGCCACCUGCCUCCCGGCCUUGAGUCCUUGAAUGUGUCUGUGGCUACAGGAAUUCUUCUACACUCCAUUUGCAGCCAGAAGAAGGGUUUCCCUGUACAGGAGAGAGGACAACGUCUCCAAGACUCCUGAGAACCCUUAGCUACGUUUGAAGGACUCAGAGAGGCUCAGUACCCAGGACUACCAUCGUGGUCAGAAAAACAGGGCAAAUGUGGGCUGACAUAGACUGUCUGAGAUGAGUCACGCAUUCGUCCUCAGGCUUGGAUGUAAUGGACCCUCGACUUGUGAGAUCCUCUUUGCUGGCUACAGUCAGGAGACUUUAAAGACCAAAAGACGUUUCAUUUCCAGUUGGAAAUGGUAGUUUGCUAAUUUCCAGGACGGAUUAGGACAGACAGUAUCUGUCUUGGCUCCUGCUAGAAGUCGGGAGGCUGCCGUGGCAGGCGGAGGAACCAGGCAGUCCAGUGCAGGGUGUGUGGAAUGUGAGGGUGAGUUUGUUGAGGGAAGCUGAGUGAACAGGUACAUAAUAGCCCUAUCUCUCAGAGUGGUGGGGAUAAGACUCCAGAUUCCAUCCACUGAGCCCUUAGCAGCUGAGUGGUCAUGCCCAGUCUCUCCAGUAGGUGGCAGUCUUGCUCUUUGCAGCUCCUUGCAGGGAGACCCCUCUCUGCAGGGACCCAUUAGAGACAGGGAAAAUAGCCAACAGCUUCCAGACACUGGCCAGUGCAGCCCAGUGGAGGGAACCUAUGAUCCCAGGCCUUUGUUGCUUUUGAGUCUGAGAGGCUGUGAAAUCAGGGUCACUUUUGUGCAACCCACUAGGCUUGGACCCCUCCUCCAGCGUCCCACAAGUGGAGCAGAAGUGAUGUUACCAAGCAGUGGUCUCACUCUGGGCUACACAUUGGAACACCUAAUAAGCUUUAAAGAAACUACGCCAACAUAGCAGCUGCUGUGUGCUGCUGGGAAGGGAGACCGGGUCUAAUGUUCUGUGUACCUUUGGUGUCCUCAAACUUGUUAUUUAGCUGAGGAUUUCCUUGAACUUUUGAUCUUCUUACCCCACGAUGGCCAAUGUAUACGUUGCUGGGGAUAGACCCCAGAGCUUCGUGCAAGCACAGCAUUCACCCUACCCACCAAGCUGUAUCUGAACCCUGGGCUGGACAGUUCUUUGCUGUAGGUACCGUCCUGGGCGUUGUGAGAUGCAUCCUCCCGAUGACAGGGAGUCUAUACCAUCUCUUGUCACAAAACCAAAACUGUCUCCACACAGGGCCAGAUCGUCUCUGACCGACAGCCCUGAGUGUGGGGUGGGAGGACAGUGACCCUUGAACUGUAACCCCGGAGCUGUGAGAGCG